AUGGGUGCUCAAAAAUUUGUGGACAUCCAAGCCCUCAAAGAUUUACACAUAUACAAGGGUGUUCACAAGCUUUUUAAAAACAUAGGGUGGGAGGGUCUUUUGAAUCUUCAUGCAGUUAGUUACCAAACACCGAUGUUGGAACUUUUGUCUUCCAUUACCUUUGACUAUCAAACCCAUCUCCUAACUUUCCGUUUGCUCAACCAAACCCAUCAAUUUCAUGCUGAUAUCCUUUGCGAUAUGAUUGGUGCUCCUAAAGCAAGAAGGGAUAUAUACACAGCUAAGGGUAGAAAAAAUGUUGUUUUUGAGCAAGACUGUGCAAAUUUUUGGAGAAACAUCUCUUGUGAGUAUGAGUAUCAAUCAGGCACUGCCAAAGCUUCUAGCAUUGUCCAUCCGGUCUUGAAAGUCGCUCACCGGAUCAUUGCUUCUCUCUUAUUCCAUCAAGAAGAGAUUAGCAAGGCUAAUAAGAAAGAGCUAGAAGUCUUGUGGUGUAUGAUUAACAAGCCUGCAGAAGUCCCUCAUUUUGGUUGUUGGGUUAUUCAAAAAAUGCUCAGAAGUGCUACGAGCAAUGGUGGACAGCUACAUUGUGGAGGCAUGGUUUCUAUUAUUGCAGAGCAUCUUGGCCUCCAUCUACCCAAUAACCCAACAAAUAUCAUCAUGGGUCGUACUCAUGGGAAAGAGUAUCUACGUAUAGAUAACAGAAAUAAGAAGAUACCCAAUUUAGCCAAUGAUAUUCCAUCAACUAAUUGGAAACUCAAAUCCAACUUAGGUGUUACAGUAGACCAUAGUCCUCCAUCCUCUCCUCCUCCUGCUCCUACUGCUGGUGCUUCUAGCUCAUCUCGCCCUAUUCCUUUUUCUGAACAUAAUCUUUAUAUGGGCGAGUUUGCACGUUUGAAUCAUCGUUACACCAGUCUACAACAGGAAGUCGGGGACAUUUAUACGGGUGUCGCUAAAAUCACUUCUGAUUUUCAGGACUACCGUAACUUACAAUAA